AUGGAGCUCGCCGGCGGGUUAUGGGUGAUGUGUCGCAACGCUGACCGGCGGCUCCGCGUGCCGCCUGCCCCUGCUCGCACCGCCGCGGCCUCUGCUCGUGGCCUCCACCAUCUCCUUCGGGGCCUCUGCACAACGGAAGCGCCUCCCUCCCCCCUCUCCCCGUCCGAGCUCGACGCCAUCUCCGCGCUCAUCCCACGACUCAUCUCUGAGGGCCAGGUCCCCGCCGUCGGCCGCCUCCUCUCCGCGGCACUCCUCCUGCCCGGCUCCCCGGAGCGCCUCCCGUCCCCUCCGCUCGCGGAGCACCUCGCCUCCCUCCCCACGCUCACCCCGGCAUUCGCCCUGCUCACCGCGCUCCGCCACCACCCCGUCCGCCCCUCGCCGCUCCCGCUCGCCACCCCGCUCCUCGGCCACCUCCUCGUGAUGCACCACGCCCGCGAGGCCGCUUUCGUGCUCCGCUGGCUCUGCCGCCUCGACUCCCCGCGCCGGCCCGACGCCGCCACCUACGGCAUCGCCGUCGCCGGGUUCUGCAGGUUCGGGGACGCCAGGAGCGCGCUCGUCGCCCUCGACGAGAUGGCCUCCGACAGGGUUCCGCCCUCACUGGAGCUGCAGGAGGCGGUGCGGGAUGCGAUGCUGCAGGACGCGAGGAUCGAGGAGGCGUGGGCGCUGGAGGAGGCUAUGCGGCCGCCGGAGUCCAAGAAGACGGGAACCAAGGCGACGCGUCAAGAGAGAGAGCUUCGGGGAAAGAAGAUGGCGUCUGAGGCGUCGAGCUCCAACGCUGCGACGGACCUGGAGGCGCUGAUGAGUGAAUUGGGACUCCAAGAGGAGGACAUGGAUGAUGUGGUGGUGGAGAAGGAAGAUCCGCUGCCGCCGACGACAACUCGAUGGAUGGCCAUAGCGCGAGUCCAUACGGAAAAGAAAUACAGUCAAUAUGGUUUCUUCAAGACAAUGAGGGCAGCAUGGGAUCUCGCCCAACCAGUGCAGUUUUGA